CUGUCUUUUUUUGUAUCGCGCCUUUUGCUGAUCAAAUCAAGCAGCAAUGGCCAUUGAGAAGAAGCACGGCAAAGGCCGUUUGGACAAGUACUACUACCUCGCCAAAGAGAAGGGUUACCGUUCGCGUGCCGCCUUCAAGCUCGUCCAACUCAACAAGAAGUACGGUUUUCUGCAAAAGUCAAGAUGUUUGAUCGAUUUGUGUGCUGCUCCCGGUGGUUGGCUUCAAGUCGCCGCAGAGACUAUGCCCAUCAAGUCUCUGAUUGUUGGUGUUGAUUUGGCCCCCAUCAAGCCUGUCCCGAAAACAAUCACUUUCCAGGGCGAUAUCACCACCGACAAGACUCGCGCUAUCAUUCGUGGACAUCUCAAGACUUGGAAGGCUGACACUGUCAUUCACGAUGGUGCGCCCAACGUUGGUACCGCCUGGGUCCAGGAUGCUUUCAGUCAAAACGAGCUGGUUCUGCACUCUUUGCGCCUUGCUUGCGAUUUCCUCGGUCCCGGUGGAAACUUCGUCACUAAGGUUUUCCGUUCCAAGGAUAGCGCAAAGCUCGAGUGGACCUUCAAGCAACUCUUCGACAAGGUCGAGCAGACCAAGCCCCCAUCAUCGCGUAACGUCUCCGCCGAAACCUUCUACGUCUGCCGUGGUUACAAGGCCCCCAAGAAUCUCGAUCCUCGUUUCCUCGACCCCCAGUACGCUUUUGCCGAAGUCAAGGAUGCUGUCCCCAACAACGAGGCCAAGGUCUUCAAUCCUGAAGUCAAGAAGAGAAAGAGAGAAGGUUAUGACGAGGGCGAUUGGACUCAAUACCACGAAGUACCCGUCAGCGAGUUCAUCCAAACGACCGAUCCUAUCGCUAUCCUCGGUGGUAUGAACAAGCUCACUUUCAACCAAGCCGGAAAUGGCGACAUCGCUCUCGCAACCAUCGACAAACUCCCCGAAACCACCGAAGAAGUCCGCAUCUGCUGUAACGAUCUGAAGGUCCUCGGAAAGAAGGAAUUCAGACUCUUGCUCAAGUGGCGUCUUCAAGUCAGAGAGCGCUUCGGCUUCGCAACAAAGUCUACCGAUCACAAGAAGGCCACCGAAGCCGAGAAGAAGGAGGCCGAAGAGAAGGAUGACGAGGAAGCAGCCGAAGUCGAGAGCAUGGACGAGGAAAUGAAGCUACAGGAAGAGUUGCAAAAGAUGAAGGACAUGCAGAGCAAAGACAAGAGAAAGAUUCGUCGCAAGGACAACGAGAAGAAGCAAAAGGAGAUUGUCCGUCUGCAGAUGAACAUGACUACACCCAUGGAAAUCGGUAUGGAGCAGGCUGGUCCCAACGGAGAAGAUGCCAUGUUCCAGCUCAAGGCUGUUGACAAGGCUGGUCUCACUGGCAAGCUUCAGAAGGGUAAGAUGCAAGUCGUACCCGUCACCGAAAAGAAGGACGACGAAUUCGACCUCGAAUACACCGACGACGAACUCGGCGAUGGUCUCGAAGGCGAGCUGGACAUGAUGUACAACCAAUACACAGAGAAGCGCGAAGCAAGAGACGCCAAAAUCCGCGCCAAGAAGGCUAGAAAGGAGCGCAACGAGGACGGCGAGUUCGAAGGCUUCUCAAACGACGAAGAGGCAGACAGUGAUGACGAUGCUCCUGCGGUUGAGUACGACAGCGACUCUGACGACGACGAAGAGCCUGGUCAACUCAUCACCGACCUCGACAACGCCCCUGCUCCCGCAAACGGACUUACCAAGCGCGCGGCCAACUUCUUCGACCAAGAUCUGUUCAAAGACAUUGACGGACUAGACGGCAUGGAGGACGAGAUUGAAGCACCCAAGGACCUCGACAGCGGCAUCGAAAUGGAUUCCAGCUCCGCCUCACCACCCCUCAAGGCCGAGAAGCCCACAAAGGUCAAGGAAACAGUCAAGAUUGAAAAGCCCACCAAGGAGAAGAAGGAAAAGACCAAGAAGUCCAAGAUGCCCACACCAGCCGAACUCGCCGCAGAAGAAGCAGCCUACGAAACCGACUCCAGCGACGGCGGCUUCGAAACAGUAAAAAACACCCAAUCCCAAUGGGACAAGGACGAAGACGCCAUCCCCCUCAAAAACGGCCGCCCAAACAUCGACAUCAUCACCGCCGAAGCAAUGACCCUAGCCCACCAACUCGCCACGGGCCAAAAAACAAAACACGACCUCCUCGACGACAACUUCAACAAAUACUCACUCCGCGACGUAGACGGCCUGCCCGAAUGGUUCCUCGACGACGAAACCAAAAACUCCAAACCCCACCGUCCCAUCACAAAAGAAGCGGCCAACGCCAUCAAAGAAAAAAUGCGCGCCUUCAACGCCCGCCCCAUCAAAAAGGUCCGCGAAGCGAAAGCGAGAAAACAAUUGCACGCCGCUCAGAAAUUGGAAAAACUCAAGCGUAAAAGUGCACUGCUUGCCGAAUCCGAAGAUGUUUCGGAAAAGGACAAGGCGAAUAAUAUUUCGAAGAUUAUGGCUAGAGCUGGGAAAUCGAAGAAGAGGAAGCCGGUGCAGGUUAUUGUUGCCGGUAAGGGUAAGCAUAGAGGACAGGGUAGACCUGGUGGUGUCAAGGGUAAGUAUAAGAUGGUUGAUGCUAGGUUGAAGAAGGAUGUACGUGCCGAGAAGAGGUUGAAGAAGAAGAUGGGCAAGAAGUAGAAUACUUGUUUUCGAGAAGAUGGAAGGAUGAAGGAGGGAGGGUUUGAGGAUAGGAUCUCUUUUGCAUACAGUACUGGUGUUGUUCUAAGAAUGGGCAA